CACGUUUGUUGUCUAUCUUUUUGUUGUUUUUUUGCCAACUUUUUUUUUUGUUUGUUUUCCUUCCUGAAGUAUCCGCAAAGACAUGGAAUCCUUUCAUAAAAGGUACUUGAGAAUGUGCCGGGAACAUCAAGUAUUCCCUCUAGAGUGCGUAAUGAGCCAAGUUUCCAGAGAAUACGGCGAGGGAAGCAGAACUUUGGACUUGUCUUCGUAUAAUCUGACUCCUGAAGAUUGUCACGCUCUUGCAUCGUCUCUUACUGACGACUUGUUCUUCAAAGAAAUAAGCUUUGCAGAUUGUUUACUCAGUGAAGAGUCCUGCAAACUUAUUCUUCUAGGUCUGACGCAAAACAAGUGUUUGACAAGUUUGAAUUUGAAGGGGAAUAAUAUCCGUAGUGGAGGAGCCGAAGUGCUAGGACAGUUUUUGAAAAGAAAUACCAGUGUUCAUAGUCUUCAGUUGGAGUGGAAUUCUCUUGGUUUAUGGGACAGUGGAAUAGCAGCUAUAGCAGAGGGUCUUGCUUUAAACCAAGUGCUGUUGAUUCUUGAUUUGAGAAAUAAUCAGAUCACUCAUGAAGGAGCUGCUCUUUUGUCGGCUGCCUUGAAGAGAAAUCGCACGUUGAAAGGCAUUGAUCUGCGCUGGAAUAAUAUCGGUAUCCUGGGAGGAAGAGAGCUUCUUUCUGCUUUCAAAUACAACAAAACCCUCACAUGCAUUGAAUUAACAGGUAAUAACAUACCGCAAGACAUAUUGAAAGCUGUCUCCGUGGCAACCAAGCAGAAUGCUGAUCGAGAAAUUCUAGAUGAAGAACACAGAAACAGAACAGAAAUGAUGGCUAAGGAAUUGGAAAAAGCUGAAAAUCUUAAGAUGAAAGAGGUGCUUUCACUAAAAGAUGAGAUUGAUAAAGAACGCACCGAGCAUGAGCUUUACUGCAGCACUACUCAGAAAAAGAUUGAUCAACUAAAGAGUACUUUAGAUGAGAGAAAAAAUGCCUUUGAUUCUCUCUCUGCCAAACUGACAGCAACAGAAGCUAAGCUUUCACUUGCUCAUCAAAAAUGCAAAGAUCUUGACCACCUGUGUGAAAAUCUUAAAAAGGAGCUUCAUAAUGAGCGUGAGGAGAGAACCAAUUCAGAGCUGCAACACCACAAAGAAUUAAACAAAGUGCUGGAGAAAAAUAUAGAAUUGGAGGCCAAAGUAAAUCAGUUGGAAAGGAAAAACAAAUCCUUACAAAUGAACACCAAUGAUUUGGAAAGAGAGAUAGAUAAACUGAGUGCAGAUUUUUCGCUCAAAAGUAAAGAGAGUGACCAUUAUUUUCAAAAUGAAUUGAGGAGUACGAAAGAAAGGCUAGAGAAGGAAUUGAACGGAAUUCAUCAAAAAAUGUCAGAGAGCAGCCAGAGCACAAGGGAAAAGAUCCAAAAAAUUGAAGAACAUCGAAACUCUUUAGAGAGAGAAGUGAGUAGCUUGAAGUCUGAGAUUGUUUCAAUUAAGCUUCAAGGAGAUGAAGAAUUAAUGAAUGUAAAAAAUCAACUGAAGCAAGAUGAGAUUAUAAGAUCAAAGCAAUAUGAAGAACGAAUUAAUCUAAUACAAGCGUCUAGAGAUGAGCUUCAGACUCAGUGUACUAAACAGCUUGCACAAAUCUCGGAUCUUCAGUCACAAGUUAUUAAUAGUACAAGAGAAUGCGAAUCACAAAAAAGGCAACUAGACUCAUUAAAGCAACAGAUGGAACAGAAAGACUUUGAGCAUAAUAAAGAAGCAACCAGAUUGAAGCUAGAACUAGAAGCAGAGAGAAAGAAUGCUGGGGAGCUAAGAGAUAAAAUGUCAAAGUUAGAAGACAGAUUGACAGAAGAAACAACAAGGCAUAGAGAAUCAUUAGCAGCAAAAGAAAGCGAGAUCAAAUUUCUUAAUGAUCAACUGAAAAACAAGGAUGGUGAACUGAAAAGACAUCAUGAUGAAGAACUAAAAAGAGCAGAAAUGCUGGAAAAAGCUAUCUACAGCUUUGUCUCAAGCACAAGAACUUCAGGACACUAAAAGUUCCUACAUAUAAUCCUUGAAGGAUUCCUCUUAGUGACAUAUGCUUAGAAGUGCAAUAUUUUCAUAAAGCUGAAGAUUUUUUUAAAAAAGCAAAUUUCACAAGUCAUGGUGAAAUAACUGUUUUCAAAUAACAUGAAACAAAAAUUCAUUAGGGAUAAUAAAAUAUACUCCUAUUCCAAAAAGUUUUGUCCAGGCCAAAAGCUAAGAGCUGACAACCAAAAUGAAUGCGGGAUUCACAUAGAGCUGGUUGUUCUUUGGCUUCUACAUUUUAAUUAAAAACAUUUAUAAAUAUUUUAUUAACCUUCAAGAAAAGAUAAAUAAUUUUAAAGUAAACUUCUAUCAAGUUAUAAUGGCUUUUUAGUUUUGA